AUGAUUCGAAUCAUCGAGUCAAAUCUUGUUCUAUCUUCUCGACCAUUUCCCGACCAUCAAAUAUUCAAACUGGGUUUGGACCCCCCGAUAAUUAUAGAACAUUUUUUAAAUAACGCUAAACGCCUAAACCCAUCCUACUUGGUGAAUCGCAUCACGGGUCAGUUAAAGAAACGGGCUACAAAGCUUCAGCAGCCCAGCCCGAACGAAGAAAAAGGGCCGCAGCUGCAGCAGCCAGCAGUUGCAAAAUCACAAAACUCCACCUCCGUUUUCUCGAGUACCUUCUCCUCUUCCUCCUCCUCCUCUACACUUGCUCUUAUAAGCUGCUGUACUGUCUCCGAUCCACUGCUCUCACUUACUCACCAACCAAAAUUGCAAUCUUCGGUACAUACUGAUUUAUAA